GUUGAAGUGUUUUUCUCACGAGACAUUUAUGAAAAAUAUUCUUUGUCUCCAACGCUCUCUGAACUGUGGAUUUUGUCAAACAAGCAGCCAACCUGCUUGCUGACACCUCACUGAUGUGGGUGAGCAGGGAAACCAGGGCACAACUAAUGUAUGCUUGCGGCUUUCACCCGGGUCUAUAUGCAGCUCAGCUAUGUGCCGCUUUGGUUCUAGCUCCAGUGAUUGCUAAAUGGCAUGGUACAGUUUCCUACAAUGGAGGAACUAACAAGGCUGCAAUCCCUGGGAAUCUGUGGCAGAGGAUUAACAAGUACCACUUGGAAACUUUCCAGAGCCUCUCUCUGAAGGAUUCCCUGCAGGUCUCGAUGUCCAUCGACACCCUGCUUGGCCGUGCAGAUUAGCUACACAUGGCAAUGUCCAGCUCACACAAAACAUUACCUGCCUCCCACUUUUUGAUUUCCUACACAAACCACAGCAACUUACCUGGCGUCUCAUCUGCUUCCUGCUCCCCGUAGAGCACUUCUGGAGUGGAGAAAAGUUCCUGGCUGCCUGCCCCACUGGGUGACCCUGCUGGGAGCUCCACAUCCUCUUCUAGCUCCACUUCUUCAUCCAGAAUUUCAGCGUUCAGGUUACCUCCUCUUUCUGCUGCCUCCGCAGUAUCCACGGGGCUAUCGGCGAUGGAGAUGGGGUCACCACUGAGGAUAGCAUUCAGCUCCUUAUAGAAGCAGCAGGUCUUAGGUGCACCACCAGAGCAAUGGUUCGCCUCCCGCCCCUUAUGACAUAAAGAAGAAAAUGUAGAGGCAUCAAUAAACUCUGUAGAAGAUGCAAAAACAUUUAACACACAGGCUGCAGCUCAAGCUGAGGAGGAAGUUAAACCCACAGCUGAUGAUAAUCCUUUUCCAGAGCCCAGAAUCCCGUAUCCUUAUGUCUCUAGUCUAACUGAGAAGGAGCAGAAAACAUAUUUAUAUCUAAUGACUAAGUUUUCAAAAAACCCUGCAUCCUACCAAUUUACUGCAACAUAUCAAAGAGAAUAUUCCCAGUAUUUGCAAAUGAAAGAAUUUCUGAACAGUGAAAUUGCAGAAUUUUUGAAGUUUGCACAAAAUGCAGCCAAGAGUUGCGUUCAGGAUUAUGAUACCAUCUCUGAGGAUGCACUGCUUUAUACUGAGCAAUUUUUACGUGCUUGUAUUGGACAUGUGAAGAAGUACCCUGAAUUCUACAUUCUCCAUGAAAUCACCAGUAUCAUGGGAGGCAAAUUUAGCACAGAGUUGACCUUAAAGCUGGAGAAAAAACUACUUGCAUUGGGAAAGGCAAGAUUUCUUAAAAUAUUGUCACCUGCCAUGCAUACGCAACUACAGCUAUCCGUAGAUUAUAAAACUGUAGCAUCUGUUGCAACUCCAGAACAGAGAGCUUCUGCUAUGCAUGAUGACAUUAGUUUGGAUCCAAAUGCUGAAAAGCUUGCUUUAAAAUAUUGUCCACAAGUAGUUUUAAAUAGUCAGUCAUUAUUUACUUUGUUGAAUAAUCAUGGACUAAACUACAAGGAACAGUGGGAAAUACCAGUUUCUGUUAAAAUGAUCCCUGUUGCAGGUGCCAAACCAGUCAAAGUGAUUUAUAUUGACUCACCACUCCCAAAAAAAGAGAUAACUGUGAGAGAGAAGAACCAGAUUUUUCAUGAAAUCCCGCUGGACACUCUGACUUCCAAAAAUUCAAUUAUUCCAGUCUCUGCUGUGUUGAUGGACAAUCCAUUUGAGGAAAAGAUGUUUCAGUGGGACAUGCCUCCUGAUGCUUGUCAAUUAAGGAGGACUCAGACUCUGGACCACAGGGAUCUAGACUUUGACAAUGAUGUCACAGAAUUGGAGACCUUUGGAGCAACAUGUAAGCCCUUGAAGACAUCCAGAACGGAAAAUCCUCCUGCUAACGUAUGUAAAACUCUGUCAGACAAGCUAAAAAUAGAGGAACAGUUGGUAUCUAUUGUAAGAGAUGGUGCUGAAGAGGGAACAAGCAAAGUUAACGAGCAGGGAUUUUCAGCAUGUAGUAAUAUGCAGAAUGUGAACAAGACACAACUACCGUCAUCGAUUGGUGAUGUCAUGUGGGCUGAUUCUGAUGAAAAUUCCUCCAUUAAAGGCCUUGAUUCAGAUGAAGUUGAGUUAAAUGAUGAGCAACAUGGUACGGCCACAAACAAAGUAUUGGACAGUUGUACGAAGUUAAAUACUUCGGCUAAAACUGAUAGUUUCAAGAGAGAAUCUGAAAUUACAGAAGUAAAUGAGACUCCCAUUUCUUUUUGCAAUAGUGAUACUGAUGAAGAACGUUUGAUUAUUGACACAGAAUGUAAAAGUGUGGAAUAUUGCAAAGCAGCUGUGUUCAGUUCUAAUCCAGACUCUGGAGCAGAUAUACCUAAAUCACCCUUCCCAAUACAAACUUCAUCAAGUAGCUUGGCUAACUGUUCAGAGAGCCCAGACCAGAAGAAAAUUGCUUCCAAAAAACCUUUCAAAAGGCUGUCUAAAGAAUUUGACCCUCUUGGACAAAUUUUGAAAAUGCAAACUGAACUGCUUAAGCCGCCUUCCCCAAAAGCUCCUGAGCAGCCACUGGUAAAUUGUGAUAAAAGUUCUAAUCCUACACCAAGCCUUGUGCCACCACCUUCAAAACCCACUGUAGCUUCCAGCGUGGAGCCUGCUGCAAAUAUGAGCAGCUUACCUAAACUUACAUGGACUUCACAUUUUCAGGGAGCUUCAAAGGGAUUGCUCCCAAGUGAACUUAAGACGCUCGUUGAAGACCAGUCAGAAUACACAGCUCCUCAGGAUGGCAAUCUUGUAUAUAAAUUGUUCAGUCUGGAUGACCUGCUGUUACUCGUACGUUGCAGUGUACAAAAAGUAAGGACAGGGCCACGAUCCUAUAAUAAAAGACAAAUCAGAAAGCAUAUUCCAGUGUACAUAUUACCAAAAGUAGAAUAUCAAGCCUAUUAUGGAGUAGAAGCUCUUACAGAAAGUGAAAUAUGUCGGUUGUGGACAGAGAGCUUGUUGCAUUCUAAAUGCUUAUUUUAUGUUGGACAUAUUGAUGCCUUUACAUCAAAGCUCAUUAUGCUUGAAGAGAUUUCUCCAGAACGGUUAAAAGAAAAAUUUGGAUUAUUUAAGCCUGCAAAUCCAUUAAAUAUACUUCGACAUAUCUUGAAGAAAGUGAUUGAUUUGCAGGAGGGCUCUUACUUAUUGACUCAUGCUUCAGGAGAUUCAUCAGUUGCAAUUUACCAGAGCUGUCUUGGGAAAGUGACCAGAGCAUCGUAUAAUUUACAUAAAGCUCACUGCAGUCUGCCUAAUGUACCUUCCACCCUCUCAGUUCCAUGGGUACCAUUAGAUCCCAACCUUCCUUUACCCUAUCACACUAAUAAUGGAAGAGUCCCAUGCACCUUUCCACCUAGACCCCAAGAAACUACGAGAAAACAGAAGAUGAAUUGGGCAAAAGUGCACACAGACACACCCAACAAUGAAAAGCCAGGAUCCAUGGAAACAAAAAGCAAUCCCUUGUCAGCUAAGCCUGUUAGAAAUGAAGGUGUGGCUGCAAAGAAACUGAAGAAAAAUAAUGGCAAACAAGCAAAUAAGAUGAAAAAGUGGAAAAAGAAAUAAAAGCAAACUCAAGCAAAGCAGGAAUAGCUUAGCCACAGUGAGAAAACAUGGAUUGGAAAAAGCACAAGACAAACAAAGAGCUUAUUUUUCAUAAUACUUCAGAGAAGCCAGAAUGCCCUGGCAGAGGAGAGCUGCACAGCCAUAUUGAGGAAGGUUGUGAAAUGCUACGAUACCUUAACCCUUUCUUAACUCACUGAAUGCAACUCAAAUGUGAACAUCUUAUUUUAAGUUAGCACAUGAGAAGAAAAGUCAAGUGUCUACAAUUAAUACCUGUGGACAAAUGUAAAUAUCAUAACUGCUUUCGUUUUUAUAUUAAAAAUAUAAUUUGAGAAAAGAAGCAUUAAUUAACACCAAUAUUACAUAAAGAUGAAAAAAGUACUUUCUUUUUCCAAUUGUCUUGAUUCUUUUUCCAGUUUGUUGCAGAUGUGUAUUUUUGAUGAUAUUAUUUGAAUUGUGUACUGGUUUUAAAUGUAAAAUGCAGCAUCAGCAGUUUCAAUUUAAUUAGUUCAUGUUAUUAAAAAGCAGGGUGUGUUGUGCCCAGUUUGAAAAGGAAAUAUUACCCCUGAGAAUAAGGUUGUGUAGUUAACAGCUUUUGAUGAGCAACAUUUGUUAUGUUUGCAGAAGCGUUGUCUUUCGAAUUCCAUUAUUGAUAUACCUGUUGGCAUAGUGUACUAGUGAGCAUUACAGUACACCACAGUAUAAGAAGGUUAAAAUUGACUUCUGUGUUUUCUCAAGAUUAGUUUUUGGCAUUAAAUUCUUUCCAAAAUUUCAAAUCCUCAAGAGCCAGUAUGUUGUUAAUGUAGUACUGAAUGACUACAGCCUCAGUCCUGUGUCUUUUCAUAGGCAGAUGCUUGUUGAAGUCAGUAGGGCUCCAUGCAAGCACAGAAAGUUUCGCCCAUAUGCAACAAGUUGCAGGGUGAGGGCUUUAGUCAUUAUUACAGAGACAAGACAGACAUUUGCUGUGGCUCAGCAGUUCACUUGUAGUUUAGGAGCCAAGCUGAAAGGGGUGAGUUCAGACAAAGAUUCAGAGAGGGAAAUUCUUGGCUAACGAUGGGUGUGACUACAUGUUUUCUGUUUGAGUGAAUAUCAGUAAAAUUGCCAUUUUGUAAAAUGCUAAAAAAUUAGAAUAUAAAUGCCAAUACACCACAAAUUGAUUGUCAACAUACAUAGGUUAUUUAAAUAAUUUAUAAAUGUUAUACAUUUAUAAAAAUUAUUGUCAAAGGAAAGCUUUUUUUAUGCACUCUACUAUAUUUCAUAGCGCCCUCGAGGUUUUAUCCAACAGGCAACUUGCAGGUCACACUUUCAAAACUGAAAAUUAUGAUUGCUAAAUUCUAUGCUAUGAAUGAAGGGUUUUUCUAUUGCUGCCGAUAACUAAUUAGUAUGGGUCUCAUCUUGAGAGGUGUUGAGCUACUCCUGAAUACUCAGGAUAAAGAAUGUAAACUUUGUUUUAAUGCCUGAGCUCUUUUAUAGGCCUUGACUGUGUUCACUGAGGCUGUACAUGUACACAAAUUACUCACAUGCAGGAUCAGGGCCUUAGUUAGCAAUGAGUUUGUUCAAAAUGUUUUGUUUGUAUGUUAUGUAAGUUAAUUGCACCAUUAUGUUCAAAGUUGUUCUACUCAAAUGUACUGUAUACAAAUGUAUUUUAAUAUCCCUUAAAGAUGAAUAAAAUACUUAGUUUUAUAUAUUUAUAUAUUUAUUUUUAAAUCUUAGUGAUAUAUUAAAGAAACAGGUUUUAAAGCAAUGCAGAUAGUUUUUAAUGCACAUUUGCCAAUCUUCUGUGAAAUAUAAAAUAUUUUGUAAUUUACCAAUAUUGUUAUAUUUUAUUUAUAUCUUUAUUUACCUUCUGUUAACUCCCCAGACAUUGCUUCAGUUGUUCCUUUUAGAUGCAAUAUGUUAAUAAGGAGCAACAUAUUUGAUAGUGAUUUGAUAGUGAAUAAUGAAUAUUAGAUUGAUUCAAAAUCAUAAAUCCAUUUUGUGACCUCCCAUGGAGAAGUAUUUUGCUUAUGAGUCAUGUGCCAGAUAAUUGAGGGAGGGGAUCCAAAGCAUAGUUUUCAGCAUAAAAGUAAAAAUUGUAUUAUAACAACCAAGGAAUUUGAUAUUUGGACAUAGACCUGUUAAUUUCAUGCUGAGUUUGCCCUAAUAUCCUAGAAUGUCAAGGUUGGAAGGGACCUCAGGAGGUCAUCUAAUCCAACCCCCUGGUCAAAGCAGCACCAAUACCCAAUUUUUGCCCCAGAUCCCUAAAUGGCCCCCUCAAGGAUUGAACUCACAACCCUGGGUUUAGCAGGCUAGUGCUCAAACCACAGAGCUAUCCCUCCCUUCUGGGUGUCUGAAAGGCUUAACCUUUCAACUCUCAUAAUAUAUUAAAGUGUGUAAUCCCAGUUAUUAUACAGUUAAAAUGGACAGGAAUCUAAAGGUUAAAUAAGUAAUAUAUUGUAUCGUUUGUAUGUACUGUUGCAUUUAAAUUUUCAGAUUCAGAUAAAAUUUGGACUGUACAAACUGUU